AUGGCGCACGUGGGACAGCGCGUCGAGGUGUUCUGGCCGCCGGAGGGAGACGACACAGAAGGAAAUUGGUAUUGUGGUGAGCUGGAUGGGUAUGACGACGCGGCGGGAUACCACGUGACCUACGAUGAUGGGGACGAGGAAGUGCUCGGGGAACAGAUUGACGGCAGGGACGAUAUUCAUCUUCUACCGCUGUGGUCCCCGCCAGAUGGAGGCGACAACCGCAACCCCCCUGAGGGGGUUGCUCACCGGCGGGAUGAUAAACCCGGUGUGCCGGAAGAGGAGGGAGAAAACGGAAGGAUAGGGCAGCGAGGCAAAGCUACCAGCGAACCGGACAGCCCAACGCCAACCGGCAGCGGCUUGGCCGCAAUGUCGUACAGGGAGAUCGGGCGGCCUGCCUCGCCUCCAGACUGCGACGGCAGCAACACGAGCCCACGUUCCAACCUGAGCAUGGAACGUUCCAGACACCGUUCCGCCGGAAACGUCGCCGACGACAACGGCUUCCAAAGCGGAGAGUUUGGAAAAACGAGAGAAAGGACAGCCACAAAACCAACCGGUCGCGACGGCGCGGGAAACAGGAGUGGCUCGGCCUGGAGUUCGAACGACGACGAUGACGACAAAGGCGCUAUCGACUACGACAGCUUCGACUUCGGAAGCGAAGACGAGGAGUUGGCGUCGCCGCGAGGACCGGAACCGGGAACGGCUCUCAGAGGCUGCAGGGGACGAAGAAGAUCAGGUGUCGGCACACCCGGGGAAAACCACGAGUCACUCCCAUGUCGCACCUCGCCGUGGCGGACGGGAGACGGGCGGACCGAUGGCCGUGGCGCUGUGGUCGGCGGCAGUGACAACCCGGAAGACGGCCUAAAAGCUCUAGAAGGGUUCGUCCACGAUACGGCAAUGUUGCAGGGGGCCGUCGAAGGGGUGGAACGCGGCAGAGGAGGGGGUGGAACAGCAGCGCUCCGCGCGGAUGGCGAGACCGCGGGGGAGGAGGGAGUCUUCGUGAAGAUAAGCUUUAUCGAAGGGGGGUUGGCGUCGACGACCAACGCCAUGUUCCGUUGCAAGACCCUCCUGCACACAACGGGAUCUUCUGCACCAGCGACGUGUAGCGCCGGCGGUGGCGGCGGUGGUUGGCCUGACGGAGAAUUUCAGUGCGAGACCUUCCAUGGUGGACGGCUGGGUGAGCUGGCGAACGCAGCAGUGCUAUUCUCCGUACACCGGAGGUGGUGCGGCAAAAGAGGAGCCACAUCGCGGGGCUUGGAUCGCGAAGGCUUCCUGGGGCAGGUUGUCCUCCCCGUGCGCAACGCCGUCCUAGGCCUCCAGCCGGUCGACAUCGCGCCGGGACCCCAAAAAAGUGGCGUGGAUAAGGAGGAAGCGGCGACGGGCACCCACGCCCGACCCAGUAUCAACAUCAGCAGCAGCGAUGACGACAAUAACGAUGGCAUCAUCAGAAAUAACACCGAUAGCGGCUCCUGGAGGUUGUUGCGCGGGGACGUCUCAGGCGCGUUUCGAGCGGCUGAUCGACUCGGCAGGGUUGAGACCGCGGGGAACGCACCGCUUGUUCUUCAGCUGAGGCUUUCGGUGUCGUUUUCCUUAAAACCGCCGGAAGACCUCGCAUGUCCAACCGAACCCCGAAAUCGCGCGGCCGCUCAAACGAUGGGAGGAUACCCCAAGGAAGCCGUAGGAACGGCAGCGGCGCCGUACGCAACGGUUGGCGCGGAACGAGAACCCGUCCCGCCGCACGGCGGGGUCGUCUUCGACGAAACGGGUGCGCGCCGCGCGGGAAAACCGGGAGGAUUGGGCCUGGCAGAUAUGCCCACGCGGUCUGCAGGGCGAGCGCGAGGAAAAGGAGAUCGAAGGACGACAAGAGCCAAGAGGGGGGGGGGGCACGCGAACAGCGGCGGCGGCAACAGGGAUUGGAGAGCCCAUGAUCACGGGGCCGCCCUCCUUCGGCGGAAAGUGAAGCGGCAGGAGUGCAUUGCCCGCGAGAACGAGAGGAUGGAGCGGCGGCUCAAGGUCAUCCGCGAGGCGGUCCCUAACACCCGCGAGCCCCGCUGCUACGAGCGCGUGGGGAGAGCACCCUGUGUGCCCCGAGGUGGUGGCGCCGCCGGCGGCGCUGGCGUUGGUUUUACGGAGCAGCCCCGCCACCGCCGCCGCCGUCGACAACGAAGCGACGGGACUGUUGUCGGAGGACUACAAGGGGAAGCGCCGCCGCACGCCGCCGGUGUCCGUAGUACCGUUGAAUCUGGCAGCAAUCGACGACGGGUUGGGCACCCUGUAGUCGCAGGCUGCUGGGACAGCACAACGCCCUCGGCGGGCGGUGGCGAAGCAGCGGCGGCGGGGAAGAAGGAGACGGCUGGGUGGCGGGAGUUGUACGACGAGAGGGAGGCAUUGGCUUCGGCGGUGGAGGCCGCUGCGGCGGAGGCGGCCGCUGUGCGCGCACGGGUCGAGGCGCUGCGGGCCAAGACGCUGUGGACGGAGGCCAACGCCAGGAGGUCUUCCCUGACCGUGGCUUCUCUGGAGAACGGUGCUCAUGGGCGAUGUGCGAGUUCUCGAACGACAGGAAAGGAAGUCUCGGCUGUGGUGGCGGCGGAGUCGUCGGGCGCCGUCGUUGCGUUUGACCGGAGGACGUUGGAUAUUGACGACGAGGGCGGCCUCGUGGAGGAAGGUUUGGCCGCCGAGCUGAGGCGGCAGGAGGAGCUGUACACGGCCCUAGCCGAGGCGAGACGGCGAGUGGUUGCGGCGGGAGAAGCGGCGCGACUGGCGCGAGAGGCCGACCUCAAAGAGCUGGACGAGCUGCGGUCCCGGCUCACCGAAGCGGAGGCCCGGCACACGCGACAUCAGUGGCGGAGAGAGAAUGAAACCGUCACCACCACGCCCCCCCCCAUAGGCGCCGCAGCCGCCGUGCCCCUCCGACGGCGAGAAUCGCCCCACGAUGAUGAGCGCUCGCCAAAAAGGGCAGCUGGUGCUCGUGUUGCCGGAGCUGCUGCUGCUGGUGACGCCGCCCGUCUUGCGCUCGACGGAGUCGAAGAAGAUCGUGGCGGCGGCGGGGGCGGGGGCACCCUACCGAAAGAUGCCCUCGAGCGGGCCAAGGACCUGGCGCUGUCGCUGCGCGUGGAGGUCGAGACCCUCCGGCUGGAGGAAGCUUUGGGGGCGGGGAGUGGGGCAGACGUCAACGUGGCGGGGGUGGGGAGGGCUCCAAGCGACGCGCAGGACGAGGUGGCCAGGCUGAAAGCUCGGUUGAAGAACAAGACGCGGCGGCUUGAAGGGGCCAUCUUCGACCGAGACGCUAUUCGGGCAGAAUACCAGCAUUUGAUCGGGAAGGGCCAGCGCUCCGCGCUGAAGGAAUCCCUGGCUUGGCUGGAGCACGCUGCCCUGCAGUUGUCCGACACCAAACUGAAGUAG